AUGCAACAUCAUGCAACAUCAUCAUGUAACAUCAUCAUGCAUAAUCCUCAUCCAACAAAUCCAUGUAACAUCAUCAUUUACCAUCAUCAUGUAACAGCAUCAUGCAACCUCAUCAUUUAUCAACACCAUGUACCAUCAACAUAUAACAUCAUCACGUUAAAUCGUCAUGAAACAACAUCAUGCACAAUCAUGAAUUACCAUCAUCAUGUAACAGCAUCAUGCAACAUCACCAUGUACCAUCAUCAAUUAACAACAUCAUCCAACAUCAACAUGCAACAUCAACAUUUACCAUCAUCAUGUAACAGCAUCAUGCAACAUCAUCAUGUAACAUCUUUAUGUAACAUCAUUUUGCAAAAUCAUCAUGCAAUAUCACUAUGUAACAUCAACAAGUAA